AGUAUUUAACUGGUGCAAAGGGAACACACUUGCAAGUGUCUCCUGUUGACAUGACAGAUUCUCCUGUUAGUUCACACAAUGUUCAAAAGGCACAAGUCCCUUGCUUCAGAUCGCAAGAGACAAUUAUUUUCCCAAAGAGCAACACGGUCCCUUCUGAAGAAUGAUAUGAGAAAUUUUCACUGCUUGUCGCAACUUGUGCUCUCAGCAGGCCCGCUGAAACUAAUUCCAGCAGUCAAACGUCCAAAAACUGCUCACUUUGAGAUUGAAAUACUUGAUGCUGAAACAAGAAAACAGAUAUGUAUUGUGGAUAAGGUGACACAAACAUCUACUAUUCAUGAUGUUAAACAAAAAUUUCACAAAGCAUGUCCAAAGUGGUACCCUUCUCGAGUUGGCCUGCAGCUAGAAUGCGGUGGGCCUUUUUUGAAGGACCAUGUCAGCAUUCAAAGUGUUGCCACUUCCUCCAUUGUCACACUUUAUUUUACUGACCUUGGUCAACAAGUCAGUUGGACCACAGUAUUUCUGGCUGAAUACACAGGACCACUGCUAUUAUACCUUCUCUUUUAUUUGAGGAUUCCAUAUAUAUAUGAUGUGAAAGAAAGCUCUAGAAGAUUUCGCCACCCAGUGGUACACUUGGCUUGCUUCUGUCAUUGUAUGCACUACAUUCGAUGUCUUUUGGAAACUUUAUUUGUCCACAAAGUUUCUGCAGGACAUACACCUUUGGAAAAUUUGAUAAAGGGUUGUGCCUUUUAUUGGGGAUUUACUUCUUGGAUUGCCUACUACAUUAAUCAUCCAUAUUAUACACCACCAUCAUUUGGAAACAGGCAAGUCACAGUAUCUGCUAUCAAUUUUCUGAUUUGUGAAGCUGGGAAUCACUUCAUCAACGUAAUAUUGGCUCAUCCUAAACAUACAGGAAAUAACGCCUGUUUCCCAAGUCCAAAUUAUAACCCCUUCACAUGGAUGUUUUUCCUGGUUUCAUGCCCUAACUACACCUAUGAGAUUGGAUCAUGGAUUAGUUUUACAGUCAUGACACAAACACUUCCAGUUGGGAUUUUUACACUUCUGAUGAGUAUCCAGAUGUCUUUGUGGGCACAAAAGAAACAUAAGAUUUAUGUAAAGAAAUUCAAUUUGUAUAUGCAUAGGAAAUCAGCAAUGAUUCCAUUUAUAUUGGACAAGUUUAAUGUUCUCAUCAGCCAUAUCAACUGGAGAACAGUAUGAAGAUGCUGCCACUUUACAUCCAAAUUUUCAUACUUCAUUUACUGAUGGAUUCAUUUGUGGAAUUGAAUGUUGGAUUUGGGCAAGCAGUAAGAGAAGAGAAGGGCACAAUGCAGCCUCUGCUUUUUUAGAUAGUUUGCUUAUUUAGGAGAUAGAAUAAGUUCAACUGUAACUGAAAUUCUGCAUAAUUGUUUACUUAACUAUUGUGCUAAACUUUAAAUAUUCUUUAUAAUAUGUAUGCAUUAGAAUAUUACAGCAGAUUGACUACCGUGAACUUGAAACUUCCACAUGCAUGGAAGCCAUUUUACUCUCAGCAAAAGCACACUAUUUCUCCUCUUAAACCAUCCCACAUUUCUUUUUGACAUUUACAAAUAUGCCUCUUCCUGUUAUGAUUCUCUUGAACUUUCUGGAAUUUUUGUUGUUUUGUUGUCAUUAUUGCCAUUUUUAUACUUCUUUAAUGAUCAAAGUUUCUUAAAAAUUGUUUCUCAAUAAGUGUGCCUAAAGAUAUACAAUUGUCAUCCAUCUAAUUUGUUAUGCAUUGUGUCACUCAGAAAAACCUAAACACUGUCCCCUGCCUGCAAGAGACUGCAAAUCUCUGAAUUAAGAUCAAAUCAACAAUUUGCAUUCUUGCAAUUUAGAAAUCAUUUUAUUUUAAAGCCUUGCUGGUAUAUCUCAAAUAGUUUUAAUAUUAAA